AUGCCUGCUGAGCGCAACAACCGCACAAGGAAUAAUGAGACCUCUAAUUUGGAUCCGCAUCGCCGCCCUCUGGCUCCUAGGCACAACAAUUCUCCAGAGACUGGUCCCCAGAGAGCGCCAACUCCUUACCCUCCCCACCUACAAACUCUAGAAGAGCGCUUCACGGCUGGAGUAAUAGAGAUGCCAGUUCCUAGGCGUCCCAUCUUAAGCUUUCCUCCUCAGCAAGAAUCUGAUGAUUCUUCCCUAGAGUUCCUUAAUGAAGGCGGUUUCCGUUAUCCAUUCCCACCCUUCCUGCCAAACGUUACUCGCCGACCUUUUCUUAUCCCCGGUCCCUCGGAUUCAUCCAACAGUGACGCUGUUGUCUUGCACCAAUUUCCUGGGCCCUUGGAAGUUCCUCAGGGAUCAGAGGCAACAUCCGGAUCUUACCACGUUGCUCCUGCACAGGUUUUCCCAUCGUCAUCGCCAAUGAAUAUCUCCUCGUCUCCUAAUCCUGACAGUCCCCUUGCUGCAUCACCCGACUCACCAAGUAUGCCGCCUCUCGCUUCAGAUGUCUCCGACAAUGGAAGCCUCGAUCAUGCUCCCAAUCUACGGCUACUAGCUGAUGUCAGCGACUAUAUCACAGCCACAGAAGGAUAUAGCAGCGACCCACAGGAAUUUGUGGUCUACAGCGACGACGUUAUCUGGAUGUCGAUCCUCUGGAACGCGUGCUUCCCCACUUCCCUGGAGCCUACGCUACCACCGUCACUUGACCUCCUAUGGGCGUUCCCAUCAAUGGAAAUCCUGCCUUUGGGUUACAUCGAGUAUCAACAACCCCAGCCGAUACACUUCGAGUCGCUGAACCUGUAG